AUGGACGUGUCGAACGCGCGCCCAAUUGCUAUAUUGGCUGGGUACCUUCUGGCUUGCGCGAUAUUAGCAGUAAUAAGCAUCAGUACCAUCUACCGCCAGGCUGUGUCUUCAAAAGCUGCAUCGCGUCGUCGUUAUGCAAUCAUCGUCUUCAGCGCUUUGGCUGCUUUGAGCCUUGCUACCACCUGGUACCACAUGUUUUGUUUCUUCAAAUGGUCUUAUCAGCAAUGGGAAUCUACGCGUCUUGACAAGCUUGACGAUGAGCUUCACCUUGGAGAAUGGCUGCGGGACACCAAGCUUUUCAAGCAGGCUUGGGUAUCAACUCUGGAGCAGCCUCAAAGAGUUUUCUGGUCGCUGCAGAUAUUUGCCUUCUGCGCGAAUUGGAGCGUGACGCUGGCAUGGCAAGAUACGAAAAGAAGGAUCCCCCAUCUUUGGAUCUUUAUGCUCCUGGGUCAAAUUGUAGCUAUUUCUUUUGCUGCGAACUUGUCUUUCUUGGCAUUUCUUGUUUUCGAGGAUCCGAAUACGUCAACCAUUACCUUUGAGCAGGAGAGGACCGUAUCAUCAUCCUCCUCAACCAAGAGCCACUCACUACUACGCAAAUCAUGGCUUACAGUCCUAGCAGUUACAGUAGGCUGCGCCGUCGCCAUCCCAAGCAGUCUUGAUCACCCCAAAUUCAUGUAUCUUCUCCUCGCUCCUCACGUUCUGGCCUUUGUGCCUCUACUCAUGAACAAACUCAUUGGUAGUCGAGAACCCGUGGUGAUGGAUGAACAACCACCACCAAGUCAUCGGUCUGGUGUCAGGGCCAUUAUUGUUGGAAUCUGCGUUUAUUACUUACUCACUCCAGAAGGAAGUUCCUUGGGAGAUGCCACGAGAGCUCUCUAUGAGCAUCCAGCUGUAAGCAGUGUUGGGUGGGAUGUCAUUUGCUGUUGGAUUAGCUUCUCUGCUUGGCACCUUGUUGGAUGGGCUGAUGACUACGAGAAGAAAUAUGGCUUCCGCCCUGUUACUGUUGGGCCAGUUGAAGAGUAA